AUGGCUCAGUCCCACGUCGAAAUUGCCAAGCAGCUGAAGCACAACUCGGAGGAGAUAAAGGAGUACUUCGAGGACCUGUACGCGUGGCAAAGCGAAGUUAGCAAAGAGGGAGGGGGCAGCGGCGGGAAGGAGCAACCGUCCACGGGGAGAAGCGGGUCUGCCACGGGAAGUAGCGGGCCUGCCGCCAAACCUGAGAGGAAGAAGGGCGAAGAUGGACAAGGGGGGAAACCCCACGGGAGCCCUUCACAUGUUGGAGAUCUCAAAAGUGCCAACAUUCACGGGGGAACAAAAUGGAGGGGAAAUAAUAAUGCCCUAAAGAGAGACCACAACUCUCUGGAGAGCUACUACAAUGCGUGGGACAAACUCAAAAUAGACGAUAUUGAAAAUAGCGAAGAGGGGUCAGCUGGCCACCGCCACGGCUGCAGUGGGGAAGCACCGGGGGAAACGGAAAGGGGAGGACAUGCUGAGGGGGCACUUCACAUAGCAAAAAAGACGGAAGAAUUAGCCCCCACUGUUGAGGCGGAGAGGAGAAAAAGUACCACCAUCUGCAAGGGGAGCUGCGGCAAAACAGAUGGUGCGGCAACAGAUGGUGCGGCAACAGAAGGUGGGGUAACAGAAGGCGAGGUAGCAGAAGGCGAGGUAGCAGAAGGCGGGAUAACUACACCCCCCAGGUGUGUGCUCACCACGCCAAACGAAAACCGGUUGGUGAAUCUGCGAUCCAAAGUGCACGACAUGUACCUCUCCAAAAACGAAGAAGGGAAAAUCAACUACCAAAACAAAAGGUACAAUAAAUGUUUAGAAAAUUAUAAUGACCUAAUUAACUACAUAGACUUCGAACUAAGCAGCAAUAAUAUAUUUUUACAGAUCGAGCAGAAUCUAAAUAAUGAGUUAUACCUAGAUGUACUCUCCCAUAAGAAACAAAUUUUUCUAAACAAUAAUAUUAAACAGUUAAGCAUUCUUAGGACUAAAGUUCUUGUAAACAGAUCAUUAGUGUAUCAGAGGGUGUCUUCCUAUUUUGAGAGCAUCAAUGAUUGUUCUUCCAUAAUUUUAUUUUACAAUUAUUUUUUGCCUGAGUAUAAAAAUUGUGCUAGCUACUCCAUAGGUAAUAAUUCCCUCACGGUGAAUGUUAAGUACGUGCUUUUUAAGGCAUACUACUUAAGGGGGAUGGCAAGGUAUAAGCUAAAAAUUUAUAAAUUUUCCCUUAAGGAUUUUAAAUCUUCCAAAGAGUGCGCAAAGGAUAUGAACUGCUGCUCCACUCUCAACAUUGAGAAAUCGAUUCAGCUGCUACAAAAUGUGAUUGCACAAAAUGAUGCUAAGAGACGGGCGAGGAGACAAGCUGAAUAUACAUCUACUCUUCUGGAGAGAUACAAAUUAAAGCCAAGGCUGUUAAGUAUUCAGCUUAUACCAAGAGAGCACACUGAGGAAGGGAUCCCCUUGGGGAAUAAUACCAACGGUGUUAAGUGCCUCACGGGGGGGUCCACUGCGGAGGAGCCAACUAUGGGCUGUGCGUCUAACGGGGGGAACUCCCCUUGUGAGGAAACGAAAUAUUUACGACAUUUCGUUCAAGGGGGAACUGCCCCGGUGCAAAAAAACAGCGUGGUAGUGGAAGCAUUAUCUGAGGGGGAGCACAACCAUGUGGGUGGUACCGACGGGGAUAUCGAAAGGGAUAACCACCACGACACGGACAGCAGCCUCACGCUGAGCGAGAGCAACGCGCUGAGCGACGUGGAAGAAACGAAGCCUCCGCUGCUCACCAUGUCCAGCGGAGCAAACCUCGGGAAAAGAAAAAUUAAAAAUAAAAUAAACUUCGAGCUCCUCUGGAAUUCAAAUGAAAUAAAAAGCAACUUCAAAAAACAAAUUGAUAUUCUCAAAACAGCUUUUUUGGAAGAAGCCAUAUUCCAGUUCAACCUCGAUAGGGACAUCUACGUAGAUAUACUUGACUCCCUCUUUAAAAAUAACUUCCUCUCCUUGUUUGAAAAUGGGGAUGACGAGGAGGGUAUAAAAAUAAAGUUGCAGGGAGGCUCCUACGCGGGGAUUUCCCCCAAUGGUGAUGAGGAAACAAAUAAAACUGCCCCAUCACCUUCGAACGGCGAAUUGGCGCAUGUAGAAGAAAGGGAAGAUACGGGAGAGUGUCUAAACUGUGCCGAGUGCGUGGUGCUCAUAGACAUACUGUACAUCCUCACCAACGGCGGGAAGGAAAGCUAUGCCCUCCUCUUUGUCGACAAAAAGGAGAGAGCAUUGUUGCUAACGUUUUACAAUUUUAUUUUGAAGUAUACAAAUGUGUUCCUCUGCAAUGAAAACUGCCUAAGGGGGAAGACGCUUCUGUUGAAGGGGUUGCUCGAAAGGAUAUCUUAA